ACUUUAGAGGUUAAGGUUCUGUAUACGGGAGCUGUAAGCCUUAAUGAUCGCGACAUCACUCGGGGAGAAGUUUAGGUCGUGUACUUUAUUUUAGAGACAGAGCCUAUAGGGUUGAGUUGAGAUGCGUUUAUUUUGGACAGGUUUUAUAUAAUCUGAGCAUCCAUGAAUCAACUGAAGUUGUGAUCAGGUAUAAGAUGAAUUCGUUUUCCGCAACAGUGUGUGGUGGACACUCUGAUGUGUAAACAUGACACGGUCUUAGCUCCGUACUGUAAACGGACUGCGACGCAUGACAUCCUCUGAAAAGUUACAGAUGAGCAGAGCUGGGAAUAUUUCACGCCCCGUCCGGUGAACUUCGGACAUCGGCAAACAAACAGACAACUGGUGGCCUGGGGACGUUUUGGACGUGUGAUGGGUGUCUCCGAUGAUAGCAUUGUGGAAGUUGAACUUGGGAUCUUUGGACUCCAGUCGACCAUCUAUUAUUCAUCCGUUAGAGGGUGAUAAGCCCCAUCAGCGGUCGACCCUGCGGUGUUCCUGAUUGGGCUCUGAGUGAUAAAUGGCAGGUCGGGUUAGGUCAACAACAGGACAUGGUCAUUGUACUUAUCAUUAAGGAAGACAAAAACACACUUGAAUCUCACACGAUAUUUUCCUCACCAGCCUUUAAGAUCUGGCGUACAUCUCGAUACCGUAACAUGGUGAUGAAUGCUGUGGUAUGCGGGAAAUCAAUACUAAGUCCAGCCAUGGGUCAAUAUCUACUGCUGAUGUUAACGUGUACUGCCCACGCCUCCUGGUCGUAGAUCAAGUCUUGAUGGGGUCGUGUGGGUCAGAAGGUGAUAUUUCGCUGCCCAAGUAAUCUUCCAACGAACCGUACCCUUACUCGGACAAUUCAGUGUUGUCAGCAUGUUGCAGGUAGCCUUCAGUGAGGGUUGUAGGUAUUUCGUUUGAGUGAGAGCUAAGAGCACCUCUCAGAGGCACGGACACUUUACAGGCAGAGGGCCCUUAAAUCUCGCGAGGUUUAUGAAUUUCGUCGAUUCGGCAAGUGCAAGGGCUCUCAGGGACAGGAGUUGUGAAGCCUCGCAUCCACCAUGCACGAGGACUAACUGGAUGUGACUGGAUGUAGCAGGAGUUGGCUGUACCGAGUGCAGGAGGCAUCAUGCCCGCGGGGCUCCCGCCCUGGAAGGCGGUCUGGCUGCUAGUCCUUCUACUCCUAGUCAUCAGAUUAGGAAGUUGUGCUAGACGCCAUCGGCUGUGGGUACCAUUAGAUCACUUAGCCCUGAGCGGUGACGUCACGGUGGAGUUCCAACAGCCGCGAGAAGACCUCUCAUCGUACGGGGUGUUGGAACUCCGAGACCUGUCCGGGCAGGACGCCCACCGGACCGAGAAGGCCCUGCCCAGCUGGCCCAACGGCAACGUCAGCUUCGAGUGCAGCUACUUCGACCACGCCGGAGAGUUCGAGGUCCGGAUGUUACGAGAGAGCGGCGGGGAGGUCCUGGUCACCAGCUCGGUCAUCAAUGUCGCCUGGCCCCUGGUGACACUGAUGGCACCCAGGACACACGUGGCACUGGUCGGUGGCAUCGCGGUGACCGUCACAACCACGGCCAAUCUAUGCAUGGAUAUGCAAUACAACCGGUACGAGAAUUCAGUGGUGCUGCUCUACCAUGACGUCAACAGGACGUUGUCUGACACGGAGAUGGUCACCUUCGGCCACGGUACCGUGGUGGAAGAGAGAGUGGUGGGAUACCUGACUGCCUUACACUUGGAACAGUUCGAGUGCCAUUCUCUAGACAGAGCCGGGAUUUACUCCUUCAUUUUCUGCUCCAGUUACCGGCGGAGUAUUCUGGGUGCUAGUCAGCAGAUUGAGGUGACCUGGAGCGGCAGCUACCGGGUGAGUUUCCCCCGGGAGACCGUCUUCCCUUGCCCGGACAGGUCCACCGUGGAGGUGGGCUUCGACGCCCCGAGCUGCCGCGGGGACAGGGAUAAAAUCAGGGUCUACGCCGAGACCGGCCGGUUCGAGCUCCGGCCCACCGGCGCGCUGGAAUAUAUCACUGAGGUCACGGUCACGGGCGCCUUGGUGACCUUUGACUGCUACCACUUCUCGCGAGAACACGUGGGAUAUUGCUUCGUCUACGUCAGCACGGCCAGGAGCGGAGCUGUGGACGCACAUAGGGAUAAGAUACUCUGCGUGCCUGUUGAUGCCAUUGGCCCGCCCGUGGACGGCUCGUGGAGCGACUGGUCGGACUGGGGCGCGUGUACCGUGACCUGCGGCCAGGGUCAACGCAAUCGCUACCGACUGUGCAAUAACCCACCGGCCGCCAACGGGGGCGCCCUCUGCGUCGGCGAGACGAUCAUGUCUCAGCUGUGCAAUUACGGAGUGUGUCCGGUACCAAAAGAUCCACCUGACACGGUCACGCAACCCAGCGUCCUGCCCGGCUGCACCUGCGGCUGCACCCUACGGUCCAACCCCACCGGGGUCAUCGCCUCCUCCCCGUACGACUGCACCGUCCCGUCCACCGGUGACGCCACGGGCGGGGGCGCGGCCCCAGAGUCCCCCUCCGAGGGCCUGGUGCUGACCUGGCUGGUCCUCGUGCCGGGGGACGCCAAGCGAGUCCGGCUGGAGUUCAGCACCUUCAACCUGCACCUGCAGCAGGAGUGGAUGCGGAUCAGGGACGGCGGGGACGACAAGGCGAAGGUGCUGGCCUACCACACGGGCAGCAGGCUGCCGGCGGUGGUGGAGUCCACGGCCAAUCGGCUGUACAUCGAGUAUAAGGUCUACCCCGGUGGGGAGCCGGACAGGGGCUUCAGGGCCCGCUACACCAGCCUGGAUGGUGGUAUUUCUCCAACCACGCCGUUGGCGGCGGGCUCUACAGGCGACGAGGCGGCCUCCGGCCUGAACCUCGGCUCCAUCAACAACACGGUCAUGUUGGUGGGCAUCUUCCUGUGUGCUGCCAUCAUCAUCAUCUCCAUCGUCAUCACUGUCUUCACCGGCUGCAAGAAGACCAAGAGCCCCACGGAGAUCGAGCUGCGUCCCAACCCGGGCCCGGGGUCCUCCGUUGCCUCGGCCAGUGGUCAGCGACCCUGGGGCCCGCCUGGCCACAGUUGCUCCUCCCAAUCCGAGAUGUCGCAUCAGAGUGCCAAGAGAGGGCGCCCCGACGGUCACCUGGCCGACCGGAGCCAGUUGUACAUGGUGCAGGACGAGGGAUUAGCAUACCUGCCGGAGUCCAACGUGAGCUUGUCAUCGCCUUACCACACCCACAGCAGCGACACCAUCGGCAUGAGGAGACCUCCCAAGAUACCGGAGGAGAAGCUCCCGAGUCCCUAUCACCCGCACCGGAAAGAUUUCAUCCAGAUGGAGCGGUUGCGCAAGGUGGGACUCCCGUACCACAUCGGCACGGGCAGCUCCCAGAGUGAGCUGAGUCGCCACAGUGGUAAAACGGACAAGAAUACCACCACGCUGGCAACCAAGACACCGGAACACCUGGCAAUGCGUGGCUACAGUGCGGCGGGGAGCCAGGCUAGCUUUGAGCAGAAGUAUGGUUCCCUGCCUCGUAGUGAUACUCGUAGUGAUCAUAGGCAAAGUGACCAUCGACACAGUGACCAGCGUCACAGUGAUCAUCGUCAUAGUGACAAUCGCCACAGUGAUAAUCGCCAUAGUGACCACAGGAGUGACCACCAUCACAGUGACCAUCGCAGCGACCAUCGUAGUGAGCAAGGCUUUGAUAGCAACCUACCCUGUGUCAACAGAGAGGGCCAACUGACACCCUUAGGGAUGGCCCUCUCUCGAAACCAAAACGUCAAUCAGAACGAGUUUAGAACUCCGGAAGGUUUGCCUAACAUACCGGAGGGGCAGCCCACGCCCCAGAACCAUGUCAGCAACGUGUGGCCGCCGGCUCCCAACGAAGGGAGAACGGUGGCCGAGAUCAACAGAAUCACACAUGGGAACAGGAAAAAAUCCACACAUGGUGAAAAUAGCGUACACCCGGUCGGUGUGCAGAAACCAUUAGUCAAUGGGGAGUCACCAACCGGUCAAAGACCGAGGAAGCUACCUCUGACUCCAAGACAAGCCUUCUUUGACGACGCAGAAAGUCUUGGCGUUGUCACUCCCAUGACUGACAUUUCCUCAAAGGACAACAUGCAGAUACGAAGCCCUCGGUCGACUUUCAGCCCGAAAAAGAACGAGGUUGUAAGCAUCAGUAACAGGGGAAUGACGUCACCUCUCUCAUCUCCUGGCGAAGGUGCCCCUGGAUACACGGGCAGCUCCAAGCGAAAUAACCCAGGAGCCAAUGGCCGCUCCAAACGGAAGAAGAUGCCUCAUUCCAGCAGCGCGCGCAAGACGCGUAAGUCCGAGGGGAAGCGCACGUCUUCGGGAGACGAAGACGGACGGACGGCCGCUAAGCUUGCCCUGUACAGCACGGCAGAAUCGGACGACGCCAGCGCCACGAAUUUAUUGAGCGAACCCUCGUCUCCCGUGCGCAUACCCGAGCUGGACAAGAAGCAGAACACGGACAGGCUGAAGUCCGUGUUCAUCAGCGACGAAAGCCUCGCCAAGACCUUCUCCGGCGGGGAGAGUUCCCGGUCGGGCAUGACGCCGCGCACGCCUCGGCGCCUGCCAAACACCCCUCCUUCGGGCUUCUCCCCUACCUCCAGCAAACUGAAGAGCGUCCUGGUCUAUUCCGACUUCUCGAUCGACCAGGACGAGCCAGAAUAUGACGACUUCAUUCCUAAUUUACCGGGGACCUUCUUCGAGAAUCAGACCCCCUUGCCGACGGGGCUCAGCCCGGCGCGAAAGAAAAAUCUCCCGCUCAAAAAAACCGCGCAUUCGGCCUCAGCAGUUUGAUGACAGUCCACACACGUAGCUUUUUUAUGUUCAUAAUAUAAUAGAGUCUAGAAAAUAUGCUGUAUGAUGUAGUAUGACUUAUAGCUGUAUAUAGUUGUAAACAAAAUCUUGCAAAAAUAGACGAGAAAUUUAAGUUUAACACAGCAAAUAUGAAACAUGAAUGUUUAGUGUAUGUAACUUGUACUUACGGCGCUGUAGCUUAUUGAGGAUCAUACGGAACAACCCUGCUUCAAUGGGCAGUAAUUGAGUAUUGUACAUGUUUUCCGUCUGAGAUGUAAACUACGGUCAGAAUCGUGCUGCGUGGUUUUUUUUCCGCGAACGUCAAUUCGUCUGUUCAAAUUACGUACCUAUUUACCACACUGUGUUUCCGUCAAUGUGAUACGUCAUGUUUGCAUAAUUCAGGGCGUAAGGUAUGUUUGUUACAAAGACACACAGGAGUUGGUAUUUUGCGUCAAAUUAAGAGAAGCGCCCUCAACUUGGGGGCGUUGUUAGGAACUGUCGGCUUGAUUCAGUAAAUGUGAAGGUGUUAUGAUUUCAUUACGACAUAACAAAAAUAGUGUGAAAUAAUUUGAAUUUCAAUUGGGCGGUUCAGACGCACGUCAUAAUGCUGCAAUACUUAAACAAAAAUGGACGUCUUUGCUAUUAAAGUGAAGACGAUCUUUCCCUUAUCCGUCAAUUCCACCAGAAGUUCUCACAAUGUAAUAUAUACCACAGUGCAGCGCAUACAGUACCGACUUUUCUGAAAUACUUUUCAAUUUCAAGAGUACAAAAUGGUGUUCGGAUAAAGCUGUUUAAUAUUUAUUGAAGGAAUUACCAGAAGAGGUUUUUUCUAAGAAAUAGAGUAGAGUAUUUAUAUUGUGUAGAAAAAUGCAGCAGCUUCGAGGUUUUAACGUGUCGUCCGAUUGUAAUGUCAUAUUGACAGGUUACGUUGUAUGUCGGGUGGCAGGACUUUAAUACCUGAAGAAGUACAGACUUUUUGGUCUCUAAAAAAAUUGAUCAAUAUUUAUUGUAUUGAAUUAAUGGAUUUGUACCAUUUUUUAGAUGACUUACCGUGUUUCACUUUUUUUUUCGAAGUCUUCGCUUUGAAGAUGUUUCAAUAUUCGUGUGACGAGAUUGUGGAGUACAAAAGCUGUCAUGUUUAUUGCAUAGCGCCCUCUUGAGAGUACAUUUUCUUAGUCAGGAAGAUGGUAAAUUAUUACAGGCACACUGGACCAAUUUGUAACGAUC